AUGGCAUUCAAGUUCGUGAUCUUCGCCGCCGUGGUGGCCGUUGCCCGCGCUGGCUACAUUGCCUCGCCAGCAGUUUCUUACGCUGCUGCUCCGGCCCUUGUCGCCGCCCCAGUGGCCAAGGUCGCUACCUAUGCUGCCCCUAUCGCCAAGGUGGCGUACGCCGCCCAGCCAGAAGAGUACGACGCGAACCCCCAGUACUCGUUCUCGUACGGAAUCUCGGACUCCCUGACCGGUGACUCCAAGUCCCAGCAGGAAUCUCGCAGCGGAGAUGUUGUCCAGGGAUCGUACUCCGUCGUUGACCCCGAUGGUCUUAAGCGCACCGUCGACUACACGGCUGACCCACACAACGGAUUCAACGCUGUUGUCCGUCGUGAGCCUCUGGCCGCCAAGGUCGUCGCUGCUGCCCCGGUCGCCUAUGCCGCCCCUCUGGCCACCAAGACCGUCGUUGCUAGCCCGGCCAUCUCUUACGCCGCUCCAGUAGCCAAGACCAUCUCGUACGCCGCCCCGGUUGCCAAGACCUACGUCUCGAGCCCAGCUAUCUCUUAUGCCGCCCCGGUCGCCAAGACCUACGUCUCGAGCCCGGCUGUCUCCUAUGCCGCUCCUCUGGCCACCAAGACCUACGUCUCGAGCCCGGCUGUCUCUUACGCCGCUCCUCUGGCCACCAAUACCUACGUCUCGAGCCCGGCUCUCUCGUACGCCGCUCCUCUGGCCAAGACCUACGUCUCGAGCCCAGCUGUCUCCUACGCCGCCCCGGCCUACUUGAACAACGCAAACCGAGAACAAGUCACUAAGCAUCUCAAAAUGGCAUUCAAGUUCGUGAUCUUUGCCGCCGUGGUGGCCGUUGCCCGCGCUGGCUACAUUGCCUCGCCAGCAGUUUCUUACGCCGCUGCUCCGGCCCUUGUCGCCGCCCCAGUGGCCAAGGUCGCUACCUAUGCUGCCCCGAUCGCCAAGGUGGCGUACGCCGCCCAGCCAGAAGAGUACGACGCGAACCCCCAGUACUCGUUCUCGUACGGAAUCUCGGACUCCCUGACCGGUGACUCCAAGUCCCAGCAGGAAUCUCGCAGCGGAGAUGUUGUCCAGGGAUCGUACUCCGUCGUUGACCCCGAUGGUCUUAAGCGCACCGUCGACUACACGGCUGACCCACACAACGGAUUCAACGCUGUUGUCCGUCGUGAGCCUCUGGCCGCCAAGGUCGUCGCUGCUGCCCCGGUCGCCUAUGCUGCUCCAGUAGCCAAGACCAUCUCGUACGCCGCUCCGGUAGCCAAGACCAUCUCGUACGCCGCCCCGGUCGCCAAGACCUACGUCUCGAGCCCAGCUAUCUCUUACGCCGCCCCGGUCGCCAAGACCUACGUCUCGAGCCCGGCUGUCUCCUAUGCCGCUCCUCUGGCCACCAAGACCUACGUCUCGAGCCCGGCUGUCUCUUACGCCGCUCCUCUGGCCACCAAUACCUACGUCUCGAACCCGGCUCUCUCGUACGCCGCUCCUCUGGCCACCAAUACCUACGUCUCGAGCCCAGCUGUCUCCUACGCCGCCCCGGCCUACCGAACGGUCGAGCGUAUAAAUUGGGCAGCUCGGACCAAACUAGUCACAGUUCGAUUGAUCAUCCGGUGCUGUGAACAACAUCUUCUUCAACCCGACGCAAAAAUGGCAUUCAAGUUCGUGACCUUCGCCGCGCUGAUCGCUGUUGCCCGCGCUGGCCUUAUUGCUUCCCCGGCUGUCAGCUAUGCCGCUGCCCCGAUCACCAAGGUCGCUUAUGCUGCUGCUCCGGCAGUGGUUGCUGCCCCCGUUGCCAAGGUUGCGUACGCCGCCCAGCCAGAAGAGUACGAUGCGAACCCGCAUUACUCCUUCUCGUACGGAAUCUCGGAUGCCCUGACCGGUGACUCCAAGUCCCAGCAGGAAUCUCGCAGCGGAGAUGUUGUCCAGGGAUCGUACUCCGUCGUUGACCCCGAUGGCACCAAGCGUACCGUCGAGUACACGGCUGACCCACACAACGGAUUCAACGCUGUCGUCCACCGUGAGCCUCUGGCCGCCAAGGUCGUCGCUGCUGCCCCGGUCGCCUAUGCUGCUCCAGUAGCCAAGACCAUCUCGUACGCCGCUCCUGUUGCCACCAAGACCGUCGUUGCUAGCCCGGCCAUCUCCUAUGCCGCUCCGGUAGCCAAGACCAUCUCGUACGCCGCCCCGGUCGCUAAGCUGGCCACUCCGGUCGCUUACACCACGGCGCUCCAUCACUAA